AUGACAAAGCCAUGGGACAAGAACCGCAAGGAGAUUGUCAGGCUGUACAUCCGCGAGGGCCGGACGCUCCAGGAAGUCAAGGGCAUCAUGAAGGCCAAGCAUAACUUUGAUGCAUCUAUACGUUCAUACCGCCAGUGGUUCGACAAGUGGGACGUGACCAAGUACAAUUGUAAGAAGCGCCAGCAGCGCCGCCGGAUGCUGCAGCAGUACAUCAAGCAGGAAGCAUGUGACGACCGGUGCGGUAGCCCGACGCUCGACUCAUCCCGCCUCCCCAACCCCAAGGGACUGCCGACCGUAACCAGCCAGGACCAAUUGACCGGUGAGAGUAAGCCCCAGGACGCGGUCGCCGAAGCCGCCAGCCUGCCCCUGCCCAAGGUCGAGGUCAGCCAGAACCGCAACGUCUCUCCCCAGGAGGCGGAUGCUCCCUGGUACAAGCCCGGCCCGAACCGCCAGUGGGAUGUGACCAAGCUCAACCAGAGAAAACGCCAGCCGCGCCGCAAGCUGCCACAGCAGCAGCACAUCAAGCAGGAGGCGUACACCGGCCUCCAGAGCCCACCGCUGGACGCCCGUCUCCCGUACUCCAGGCAGGUCGACACCCAGGAUACAUUGACCAGACCAGAGUACUUCGGAUACUCUACCCCGAGAUACACUGAGCCGUUCGUCUUCACACUCUCGGACAAGCCUGCCUGGCACUACCAUGAUGGUCGGGUCAAUCCGUCUUGGGUGGACCUGUCUCCGUCGUCGUUGGAGUAUGAUCUCAGUGUCGGAUCAGACACGCCAGGCAUAUAUGAGGGUGGGUCGGCCGCUGUCGAAUUCGCUGCUCAGUCUCGAAAUAGUACUGCGGCAGAUAGGGAUCUCAUUAAAUUGUAA